UGUUUCAGUUAAAGCUGCUGGAAAAAGGGACGGUAAAACUGUCCAGGAAAUUCCUUCAGCCUGGGCAGGGACUUGGCGGAGAGGCUGCAAUUGGAAAAUCUGACAGGGGGGCAGCCUGGAGUCUGUCAGGCUAGGCCUCAUGCACUUUUUAAGAAGCACUCAAUCUUCUUUCAUCUUCCCGACUCACCCUGAGUUUCUACCAAAGAGCACGAGAUGACCCAGGAACAAUACACACAUAGAAACAAUGUCCAGAGUUCUGAAGCACCGCACGUAUAUAAAGUGGGAAUUUAUGGCUGGCGGAAACGCUGUCUCUACUUUUUUGUCCUUCUGCUGAUGGUCCUAAUCCUGGUCAACCUUGCUUUGACAAUCUGGAUCCUGAAGGUCAUGAAUUUCACAAUCGAUGGCAUGGGUCACCUGAGAAUUACAGAGAAAGGUCUGACACUAGAAGGGGAUUCAGAAUUCCUUAAACCUCUUUACGCCAAAGAAAUUCAGUCCAGACCAGGUAGUCCACUUCUCCUUCAGUCAUCCAAAAACAUAACUAUCAACAUUCUUAAUGGUCAAAACAAGGCUGCUACGAGGGUAGUCGCAGGAUCCAAAGGAGUGGAAGCUUUUGGGAAGGUUUUUGAAGUGAAAUCUAACACAGGAAAAACAUUGUUUUCUGCUGCUGAUCAUGAGGUGGUGGUUGGUGCUGACAGGCUACGAGUGUUAGGAGCUGAAGGAGCUGUGUUUAGCAACUCAGUCGAAACACCUCAAGUCAGAGCGGACCCCUUUAAAGAACUUAGGAUGGAAUCCCCAACUCGUUCUUUGUUUAUGGAGGCUCCAAAAGGUAUUGAAAUCUUAGCAGAAGCUGGGAAUAUACAGGCUACAUGCAGAAAUGAAAUGAGACUUGAGUCGAAAGAUGGCGAGAUCACAUUAGAAGCUAACAAAAUCAAGUUACCCAGACUGCCCAAAGGAAUAUACUCAGCUUCUGGCUCAAAGCAGAAAGUAUACGAGGUCUGCAUCUGUCCAAACGGGCGGCUCUUCUUGUCGGUGGCGGACAGUGGCUCCACCUGCCAGAUAAACUCUAGCGUCUGUCUCUGAAAGGGAAAACAAACAAAUGAGCAGAGGCCUUUGUAGCACCCAACAGGCUUUUUUUAAUGACAGACAGCGGAAAAAGCCUUUGUAGGUGAUGAAAAGGGCCUCUCAGAGACGUUCAGCGUGACAGCUUUUUAUCCACUGCUUUGAAGAAUGUUUCAGUACAAGAAUAACUAGGGUGAUCACCUUUUAAAAAUGGAACUCUAUAAAAAAAUGACUUUUUCUACAUCGCUCUUACUGUUAACUGUCUAGACAUUUUAUUUCUAAGUUUUAAUUAAAUUUCCUAAUUAUAUUAUAUGAGGGGGGUUUGUGCUUAACAGCUUAGUAGGAAGCAGCCACCAUUAGGUGUAAUUGCUGCUGUUUACCACAAGUGGCCUCCAACUUGCUGGCAGGAAAUUACUGGAAGAAGUACCUUGGCAGACAUGUCAGUGUAGGGUGUCUGGGUGAGGGGGGUGCCAGCCAGACUGCUUCUCACUUUCAAGCACUUGCUCUGCACUUACAGUGCAUGAAGUGCAGCAGAGCUGGGAGCCUGGUGGUGAGCUGGCAGGCCCAUUGACGUGUUACAGAAUUUUAAAUGAAAACUCUCUUCUGUAACUGCUGGUCACCAAAGGAAGAAAUCACGAUAGCUCAUGCUGGUAGUCUUCUUUUCUGAUUUAGAGAAGAGAAAUGAAAGCAAAUAUAUGCUGGCUAUUAGUUAAAAAAGCUAUUAAAGUCUCCAUUGACGUGUAUUGACUGUGGCUAUCCAAACCCAGUAUUUUAAAGGAGUUACUCAGUUAUGCCAGUUUUUAGCAAUCAUUAAAUUUUGUCAAAUCAAAGUUGACUGUGAACUAGACAAAACUGUAAAAAUGUACUUGACAGACCAUCUCAAAUUAUUAUUAUUUUCUAACUUAAUAAUGUAACGGCAUACCACUUAAUUAUUCAGUAAUGAUGGACUCCAGGAUAUAUCACCUUGCUGUGGAAAUUGGUGAUUUUUUUUUUUCUUAUGUGAAAAUGUCAAGUUCAUUUUUAUUCCUUUUGUUUAGUUUAUUCGUGCUAAAGAUAUGAAAGUGUUCAGUUACAGUAUGGUUUGCUGAAUUUAUGCCUAGUAACUGAAUAUUUAUAUUUUAAGCAUUUUAAAUAAACAUGAGGUAUUCAAAAAGUCUAAUUACAAAAGCUAACAUAGAUAAGCUGAAAUUUGAACUACAGAAUUUUUUAAAUAACACUCUUAGCCAAUUUUCCACACAAUCUCCUAAUCGAUCCCCACAUUUUGCCAGCCCCGCUAAUUUUCUACAUAACUUCCUAAUCGAUCAAGACAUUUUUUGCAAUGCAAGACUAGAAUUUUUAUAUCCUUUUUGUGAACUCUUCAUUCAAAUUACAAAAUCAAUUAAUUACUGAAUUUUUCACGCCUUUCUAUGUGCAUUUAACACAGAAAACUGAAUGCUAAAAGAAGAUUCUGGUGGCAAGUGUUUGAGUGCACUGCUCACUCUCCUUCUCCUGAUAAAACUUUAUGAACUGCAGUGAGAUUAAUAAAGAUGUAUUUUUUUCAUAAUAUGGACAGGAUUUUCAAAAAAAUUGUUGUAAACAAAUAAUUUAUGAUGGCAAAAUUGUGUAGAUUGAGUGGGAGAUUAUUUUGAAAAACAAUAUAGAUUUACACUGAUUGUAAAGAGAUUUUGUGACGGGGGGGAUUUUUAAACAAAUUCCCUUAAAGUGGCGUGUCUCACCCUUCUGGGGCAUUCCCUUUGCAUUUUUGCAGCAGUGUCUGGUGGCAUUUCAUUUAUUUUUUAUUAAAUUUACCUCAGCAAAUAUCCAAAUGUAUCUGCACAUUUAUUUGUGUAGUGUCAUUGGAGGACAACGUAGAUUUUAAUGCCACAGGAGUGGGAUGGUCUCUUGCCCUUUCCAAUUUUCACUGAAAAUUUUUGACUGUUAUUCCUUACUAGUCUGAUUUGGACAAAGUGGCUUAGAACACAGAUGGACAUCUCAUGCCACAUUUGCAUUGUAUUUGCAAAAAUAGGCAUGGCAGUGCCCAGCUUCCAGCACCUGUCUGUAUGUAUCAUUCUUGAAUGGCUACAGGACUCUCUUCUUUUUACCAGUAUUGUUCCUACUGCCAGUCCUCUAUGGACCCCUUUUAUUUAUCUUCUCAUCUACUGUGCCAAGGUGCUGGAAAAUAAUAUAGAAUUUAUCUUCAUGGGUAGAAGGGACAUAAAGGCGUCCAUCUUUAUAAAUAUGUCACUACAAUGAACAAUGAGUUGGAAAUUGGGACUGUUAUUUGAGUCCACAUAAUCAAUGCAAAUUAGAAAUCUUUUUAAGGUUGUGCCACCACCACUGCAAAAUUACACAUUUAUAGCCUUUUAGGGAUUAACAGUUCCCCCAGUUGAGAAACAUUUUAUUAACUAUUCUUUCCAAAUUAAAAAAAAAUGGGCUGCUUCAACAUGAAUAUGUCUUUGAAUUGAUAACUAGGCUGAGAAUGUAGUGUAUGAAAUGUCACUUGGUCACUGGAGGUGCAAACUGCCUGCUUUAAAAUCUACAUGGAUUGAGGGAAAAAUGUUGUAGUUGUUUUAUACCUUGUAUGUGCUGUUUUUAUAUCCCUAUAUAUAUAUAUAUAUAUAUAUAUAUAUAUAUAUAUAUAUAUAUAUAUAUAUAUAUAUAAAUGAAAACUGGUGGUCACCCUAACAAGACUAGUACUGGGACAUGAAGAUACACCCACUCUGUUGAAAGAGGGGAAACGUAACGUGCCUAUGCCUUUACUCAAUGCACUCAUGGCAAGGAGAAGCACAUCUUUUGUUUUCAUUUGAUUUUUUCUUCUGUGUGUAAAAAAGGAUGCAAAGAUUUUCAAGAUUCAUCUGUAUAUUUUCUUACUUUCUUUGUUUUAUUUAAAAUAUGCAGUCCAUAUUUAUUUCUAAAAUAGUAAAUAUGCUGUGUGUGAGCAUUUCUCUCACAUACAAAUAAAUCAUACUGUAGAUUUCCUUUGUUAAACAUAUUGGGAAGCAAUGGCAGCAGAAUAAAGAAAAUAUGAUAACCCAGUUAGAUUUUACUGCCAAAUAAUAUACAGUGCGAGUUGAGUAGAUUUAUAUGCACAAAAAAAUCCCAAAUAUGAAAACUGUUUAAAUGCAAGCUGGCAGCCACUAUAUGAGGAAUGAUUCAUAUGGUCAUUAAAAUCUUCAAAAGAAACUCUCAUAGGAAACUGACGUUAAAGCAAAGGUUCCAGAAUUACAGGGUGAAAGGUUCGUUUUCACACUAGUCGAAGUACCCGGCAUUGCCGGUAAAAAUACACGGGAGACACUUUCUUUUUUUCAAAAAGACAUACUCAGA